CUGGGGUAACCGGGUAGCUCGUAUGUAGUUCCUGACACAGACUCCCCAGGUAAGCAAGGCACAAUUUAGAAGCUUUCUGGAUAAAGGGGUUUUGAAACUAUUCGCAGGGCAAAUGGGUUUGGGGUCCCUGGGAGCGGAGAUUGGAGGCUUAGAUCACAGUGGACCUGGACAGGUGCGGGACGUGGUCGGUUUUCUUCUGCGGGCAAGAGGCCCGCAGCCAAUCGGCGGGCAGGGCCUAGGCAGCCUUGCGCAGCUUCGCUGAGGCCCGCAGGUGGCGAGCGACGAGCGCACGCAGCGGGGACUUGCGGGGGCGCGCGCGGGCCGAGCGGGCGCGCGCGGCGCUAGCAGGCCCGCGCGCUAGGUUGCGGGAGCCAUGCGGCGGGCUAGAAGCUCCGCGGCCAAAAAGCCGCGCGAGCAAAAGCGGUCGGGGGCUUCCAGCGCUCCGGGGACAGCCGCCUCGGCUCCCCGCGACAGCCGCGCCCGGCGCUCCGCGAGCAAGUCUGGGGGCGGGAGCCGGGCGGCGAGCAGGCAUCCGUCGGCGAAGAAGCGGCCGAAACCGUCGCCUCCGCGGGCCCCAGAGGCGGGCUCCAAGGAGCUGCCGCCGGCGGAGUUGGCGCUGCUCCCGCCGCCGCCACCGCCGACCCCAGCGACCCCGACGUCCUCGGUGUCCAUGCUGGACCUGGGCGAGCAGAAGGAGCGCUGGGAGACAUUCCAGAAGCGGCAGAGGCUCAGCUUCGAGGGCGCCGCCAAGCUCCUGCUGGACACCUUUGAAUACCAGGGCCUGGUAAAGCACACAGGAGGAUGCCACUGUGGAGCAGUUCGUUUUGAAGUUUGGGCCUCAGCAGAUUUACACAUCUUUGACUGCAAUUGCAGCAUUUGCAAGAAGAAGCAGAAUAAACACUUCAUUGUUCCCGCUUCUCGCUUCAAGCUCCUGAAGGGAGCCGAGAGCAUAACCACUUACACAUUCAAUACAAACAAAGCCCAGCAUACCUUCUGUAAGAGAUGUGGUGUUCAGAGCUUCUAUACUCCCCGCUCCAACCCUGGAGGCUUUGGAAUCGCCCCACAUUGCCUGGAUGAAGGGACGGUGCGGAGUGUGGUCAUUGAGGAAUUCAAUGGCAGUGACUGGGAAAAGGCCAUGAAGGAGCACAAGACCAUCAAGAACAUGUCUAAAGAGUGAGCUCCUGCUUCUCCCUUCCUGCAGAGGAGGAAUCAGUGGGGCCAGCAUACCACAUGGGGGGUGCCCUGGUGUGGCUGCCCAGCUGAUGGGGCUGCUGGCCAGAGACUGCCUUGGUCCCUGUGGCUUGCUCCAGCUACCAGUUCCUUUAGGCAGCUCUUUGCCCUUUCUCAGCCCAGAUUUUGAUGUAGACUAGUUCAGCCUCUUCCUUCUUUUCCCCAACUUUUGUGUGAUCUUUUAGAAAAUAAAUAUUUUUAACAUUAA